CCAGCGCUCCGUCGGUGAACAGCCUGCCCCCAAUGCCUAGGGGAAGAGCCUGGUCUUACUCAACGGCGUCUGCAUCUCCAGGGGGAGGCUGUUCCCCGGGGCAGGCGCCAUGACGGAGGGGCCCACCAGACCUUCACCAAGGGAGCCGCGUGGCUCGGAUCGGACUGGGGGUGAUCCUGAACCUGGCCAAGGAGCGGGAGAGCCCACCUCUGGCUCGGAGCACCUCGGGCAUCUUGGAGCACAUGUUCAAGCACUCGGAGGAGACCUGCUUCCAAUUGAUCUCCAACGGGGGCCUGGACGCCAUCCUCUACUGGUGCCGCUGGAAUGACCCGGUGGUGCUACGCCAUUGUGCCACGGCCCUGGCCAACUGCGCCAUAUAUGGCGGGCAGGCCAACCAGCGGCUGAUGGUGGAGAAGAAGGCUGCCGAGUGGCUCUUCCCGCUGGCCUUCUCCAAGGAGGAUGACCUUGUCCAGUUUCAGGCCUGCCUGGCCAUCGCGGUGCUGGCCACCAAUAAGGAGAUCGAGAAGGAGGUGGACAGCUCGGGCACGCUGGCCCUGGUGGAGCCCUUCAUUGCCACCCUCGACCCGGGCCGCUUUGCCCACACCUUGCUGGGCAGCAGCGACAACAGCCAGGGACGGACAGCGGAUGACCUGCAGUGCCUGGUGCCUCUUCUGGACAGCUCCCGCCUGGAGGCGCAGUGCAUCGCGGCCUUCUACCUCUGUGUGGAGGCCGCCAUAAAAGCGAGGCAGAAGAAGACAAAGAUUUUUGCGGAGAUCGGGGCCAUCCAGAGCCUCAAGCGGAUCGUCUGCUACUCGGCCAACGGCACCACCUCCACACUCGCCAAGAGAGCGCUUUGCACCAUGGGGGAGGAUGUGCCCCGGCGGCUCCUGCCGACCGUGCCCAACUGGAAGCCCCUCGAGGUGCAGAAGUGGCUGCAGCAGAUCGGCUUUGCGAAGUACUGCCCUCGCUUCCUGGAGCACCAGGUGGACGGAGACCUGCUGUUAAGGCUGACGGAGGAGGAUUUGCUGGCAGACCUGGGCGUGAGCUCCAGCAUCACCCGCAAGCGAUUCUUUCGGGAGCUGACAGAACUCAAGACCUACGCCAACUACUCGACCUGUGACCGCAGCAACCUUUCGGACUGGCUGGGCAGCAUCGACCCCAAAUUCCGCCAGUACACCUAUAACCUGGUGACCCGCGGCAUCGACCGGAACUUCCUCCACCGCGUCACGGAGCAGCAGCUGGAGGAGGACUGCCGGAUCGGCGUGGGCUUCCACCGCGUCCGCAUCCUCUCUGCUGCGCGGGAGAUGCUCCACUCUCCCUUGCCGUGCAGCAGCGGGAAACCCACCUCGGAGGGGACGGACGUUUUCAUCAGCUACCGGCGGCGCACAGGAUCCCAGCUGGCCAGCCUCCUCAAGGUCCACCUCCAGCUCCACGGAUUCAGCGUCUUCCUCGAUGUGGAGAAACUGGAGGCCGGGAAGUUCGAGGACAAGCUGACCCAGAGCGUGAUGAGUGCCCGGAAUUUUGUGCUGGUCCUCUCCUUCCAGGCCCUGGAUCGCUGCAUGGGGGACGUGGCGUGCAAAGACUGGGUCCACAAGGAAAUAGCCACUGCCCUGAGCUGCAGGAAAAAUGUCAUCCCGGUGACCGACCACUUUGAAUGGCCUGACCCGGAGGUGCUUCCCGAGGACAUGAGAGCCAUCCUGAAAUUCAACGGGAUCAAGUGGUCCCACGAGUACCAGGAGGCCACCAUCGAGAAGCUCAUCCGCUUCCUGCAGGGGCGCUCCUCCCAGGACUCCUCCGCCGGUUCAGACAACAGCCUGGAAUGCGGACCUCCGCUGGGGCAGAGCUAGGACCGGAAGGGGGGUGGCCUGCCUCCUCCUGCCCCUCCCCACCGGCCGGCCUUGUGA